CGGAGGUUGUGGAUUGUCAGUGUAUCCCUCCGCCCCUCUAUGACCGUCCAGUCUCCGGUUGGGGGUAGUAGUUCUUGCGACAGUGCGUCUUCCUGCAGCCUCCUGUUCACACAGUGGUGCCCGGACUUUUCUCGUUGGCUCUCUUUGCUUGGAAUGGAGAAGUAUCUGCCCCAACUCUUGGCUGAGAAGGACGCGCUGGACCCUGCUUUUACUCACGCGCUUAGGAUGGUGACUGAAGAUCAACUGAGACCUUCAUAUGCUCCUGCACCUCCAAUCAAGACACGUCCCGAGGAAGGUCUCAAAUCAGACACACUUGACAGAGCUCAAGAUACUUCUGAGACCCAGCAGCCUCCCUUAAUCAAGCAUGCAGCGAAAAUGAUACUUACACUGCUGGAUUCCAUUACAGAAAUCGAAAAGAUUCAGAAGGAUGAGGAGAAUGUCGACAGCACUGACGACCAAUAUAUCGAUGUAGUGAUCAACAAGAACAUGAAGCUGGCACAAAAAGUCCUAAUCCCUAUUAAACAGUUUCCUAAAUUUAACUUUGUUGGAAAACUUCUGGGACCACGGGGAAAUUCCUUGAAAAGAUUACAAGAAGACACCCUAACCAAAAUGUCUAUAUUAGGCAAAGGAUCCAUGAGAGAUAAAGCAAAGGAAGAAGAGCUCAGAAAAAGCGGAGAGGCAAAAUACUUUCAUCUUAACGAUGACCUCCAUGUUCUUAUUGAGGUCUUCGCUCCUCCAGCAGAAGCUUAUGCCAGAAUGGGGCACGCCUUGGAAGAAAUUAAAAAGUUUCUUAUUCCUGAUUACAAUGAUGAAAUCAGACAAGCACAGCUGCAAGAACUCACUUAUUUAAAUGGUGGCUCUGAAAAUGAAGAAGUCCCAGUAGUCCGGGGCAAACAGUCAGUCCGUGCCCGGGGAGCACCAGUCACUACAUUAUCCAGGGGUCGUGGAGGAGUACCACCGCCAUCAACAGGAGUACCAAGAGGAGCUCCAGCUCCCAGAGGAGUAACCCCAGCAAGGGUACCAUCAACAAGAGCUAGAGGACUUCUUGCCUCAAGAGCAAGGGCAAUACCCCCUCCAGCGGGAUAUAGACUCCCACCACCAGCACAGGACACUUACGGUGAAUAUGAUUACGACGAUGGAUAUGGAACUGCAUAUGACGAACCAACCUAUGAGUCUUACGAUAACAACUAUAAUUCACAAGGGCAGAGCACGGGAGAUUAUUAUGAUUAUGGACAUGGGCUUGGAGAAGACUCUUAUGACUCUUAUGGACAAGAUGAUUGGGCUAAUUCCCGACACAAGGCUGUUCCCUCAAGAGCCACAAAAGGAGCAUACAGAGAUCAACCAUAUGCAAGAUACUGAUUGUACAGUCUGACGUGAAUUAUGCCCUCUUCUCCAGCCCUGUUUGCUGUUCAAAGUAAUUUUUUUCUAUGAACGCUCAUUAACUUUUUAUUAAAACCGUUCUAAACGUGAAUGAAUGGAUGGACUGAAACUAAACUGUUUCUUUUUUAAUUUUUUUUUUUUAAUUUUUGGUUUCUUUACCAUUUGAAAGACCAAAUGAACAAAACAAUUGUAAACUAACCUUGUUUAUACAGUAGUCUGUAUUUGAAAAUAGGUGGUCAAAAGGAUGAAUUUAACUUUUAACUAGUGUUAAACCAGUUAGAUCGACUAAAUAUGUUAAUCUAUUCGUUAACAUAACGUAACCUUUUAUUUUAAAGGGUUUUGACAAACUUAAGUUCUAUCGCCUUUAUUUUAACUAUUUGCUACUUUUUUUUCCUCUUGUAAAUCUGCAUAAAUGAAAAGAAAAAAAUCACAAAUGGAAAUAAUGUGGUA